AUGAAUGUUGCUAUGGAAAUUGGAAUUCAGUCACUUCGCUCUCAUUGUGUUAAAAAAUUCAAUCUUGUAACCAAUAACCCCAAGUACAGUCUGUGUCUAUUGUUGUCUUCUCUACCUGCAGAUUAUGGUCUUCGUAUUCGCGUAGCCUUUCUCGCUAACUUUGCAGAAAUUUGUCUUCUAACAAAUGCUCGUCGAGUGGCAAGCGUAAGAGCUGAGACCUAUUGCAAUCUCUAUGCCCUGGAUCGAACCAGUUUCCAGGAUGUGCUUCAGAACUACCCUUUCAUGCGACGCACUCUGGAAUCCGUGGCAGCUGAAAGACUCCAUCAACUCGGAAGGGAUCCACUUCAGGUGAUUCAUCGAAAGAAUUUGAAGGAGGAUCUGGAGAUUGUCAAGGAGAUCGUCAGCCAGGCUGAAAAGGAGGGAAGUGGAUUCGGCACUACUUCUUUCAAAUAUGUGAACGUUCCAAAACGAACUUCAGAUUCUGGGAGUUUGUCCUCAAGCAAAAGUAAUGAAAGUAGAAGUCAAUCUAAUAAUUCUGUCUGGCAGAGAACGUUCCGCAGUCGUCUCUAUCGACGGAAGGGCAGAGUUCGUGUCCCUUCAUCCAGGACAGAGAAGCUGAAAUCCGACUUAACUGAGGCCGAUCAUGAGGAGUCGGAAGGAUCUGAAUCAGAUCAACAACAAAUUCGAACUGCUCGUCAAAUCCCCAGUAGUGCUCCUCCACGAUUAGGCUUCACUGGCUCACGACCAAAGCAUCGAUUUUCUUCGGCCAAACAAAGGAUUAACCGAAGGGGUAGUAGGCAACGUAUGCGUCAGAAUAGUGGAACUGCUUUCAGAUUCGCUUUAAAAAAUGCCACGCUAUAUGGCAAUGAUACUUUGGGAAAGGAUCCUGCCCAGCUAGAAGGCAACAGUAACAUUGACUAA